CGCCCUAUCCGCUUCGAUAACCAGUUCUCGCCACUGCAUCUUCACCUCAGAGGAGAGAGAGAGAUCACAUAUUUGCCACGAAAAGGGAGAGAGAUUCCACAUACUUUUUGGAGUUCAAAGUGGAGAGAUUACUUGUAUUGGGCCCUGAACCCAGAGAGAGAACUCCAUAUUUUUUAGAGAGAGAAAUACAGCGCUUCCUCUGCGAUUAAAUCAAAGAAAUAAGAGAGGCAUACUUCUGUUCUGUGUGUUGGGACAGAGCAAGCCUUUGCAAUUUCAUUGAGAAAGAGAGAGAGAGAUUCUUGGUACCAUAUUUUCAGAGAGAGAGAGAGAAUGACACUUUCCAUGGCGGAUGAGACUGAUGUCCUAAACGAUGCUUGGGAUUACAAAGGGCGCCCUGCUAAAAGAUCCACAACAGGAGGAUGGCUUAGUGCGGCGUCGAUUCUGGGGGUGGAGCUUGUGGAGAGGCUAACCACGCUUGGCAUUGCCGUGAACCUUGUGACCUACCUGACCAAUACCAUGCACCUCAGAAGCGCCUACGCCGCGAACUCGGUGACAAACUUUCUGGGCACUUCCUUCAUGCUCUGCCUUCUUGGCGGUUUCAUUGCCGAUUCCUUCCUCGGCAGAUACCGCACCAUUGCAAUCUUUGCCGCUGUUCAAGCUCUUGGUGUGACACUCCUGACUAUUUCUACAGUGAUCCCCGCCCUGAGGCCCCCACCGUGCAACGAAGGUGGGCGCUGCGUCCCCGCAAGCACCCUGCAGCUCUCAAUGCUGUUUCUGGCCCUCUACCUGACGGCCCUCGGAACAGGGGGGCUCAAGUCGAGCGUGUCUGGGUUUGGGUCCGACCAGUUCGACGAGUCUGUGGCUAAUGAGAAGGCCCAGAUGAUGCGAUUCUUCCAGUGGUUCUUCUUCUUCAUAACCUUGGGAGCGCUGGGGGCGGUCACGGUGCUUGUGUACAUCCAGGACAACAUCGGGAGGCGCUGGGGGUACGGGACCUGCGUGUGUGCCAUGGUGGUGGCGCUCGCCGUUUACUUGAGCGGGACAAGGCGGUACCGGUUCAAGAAACUGGCCAGCAGCCCUUUGACGCAGAUCGCGCGAGUGUUGUUCGCCUCAUGGAAGAACAGGCAUCUGGAGCUGCCUCUAGACCCCAUGGCGCUCUGCCAGGAGAAUUUCUCAGAGAUGAAGAAGCCUAGGUUCAUCCAUACCAAGCAAUUCCGUUUCCUCGACAAGGCAGCCAUACUAGAGCCCAACUUGGGCCUCCCUGAAAGGCCGACGAACCCGUGGAAGCAAUGUUCGCUAAUGGAUGUAGAAGAAGUGAAGAUGGUAAUAAAAAUGCUUCCCAUUUGGGCCACCACCAUAAUGUUCUGGACCGUCUAUGCCCAAAUGACUACCUUCUCUGUGCAGCAAGCAAUGACCAUGAGAAGGCACAUCGUCGGGGGCUUUUCCAUACCCUCUGCAUCGCUCACCCUCUUCUUUGUUGUCUCAAUCCUCCUUAUAGUGCCCUUGUAUGAUCGAGUGAUUCGCCCCCUAUCCCGCCGUAUCACGGGACACCCGCAGGGUUUCUCCCCCCUACAACGCAUAGCAUGUGGCCUCAUCCUCUCCGUCCUUGCCAUGGUUGCGGCAGCGCUCACCGAGAUAAAGCGUGUUCAUGCCGCACACCCUAGCUCUUCUGUGGUCCCCUUGAGUGUUUUUUGGCUAGUUCCACAGUUUGUAUUGGUGGGUGUAGGUGAAGCCCUUACUUACGUGGGUCAAUUGGACUUUUUCUUGAAGGAGUGCCCCCAAGGAAUGAAGAGCAUGAGCACAGGCAUGUUCCUAAGCACACUUUCACUUGGGUUCUUCUUCAGCUCCAUUCUGGUGUCCGUGGUCGACAAGCUCACGACACAUGGCAGUUCGGGAGGCGGAUGGAUUGCAGAUGAUCUGAAUAAGGGGAGGUUGUAUGACUUCUAUUGGUUGCUUGGAAUAUUGAGUUUUUUAAACCUUGGGGUGUUCUUCUUCUGUGCUAGGGGGUAUGUUUAUAAUGAUGCAAGGAUGGCCGAGGAGGAUGAAAUGAAGUGUCUUGAUAACAUGCAUGAGGAGCUUUAGGAUUGGUUAGGACUUGGCAUUUAGGGUUUUGUAAAUUUGAGGAGGUUGAUGUUGUUGCUUUUUACAUAUGUGUUUUUUGGUUUGGGUUUUGUAAGUUAUUGUUGUUAAUAAAUAAGAAACACCCCCUUCAUUAAUGGUGACGGCAGUUGUCACAUAA